UCUGCAGAGCUGGAACUACUAAGCUUGACGUGCUUUGCGAGCCGCGGCGAUGUUCUGGUGCGCUGACUUGGUGGACCCGUGGGCGUAGUGGGUCGCAGUCAACCAGGUGCAGCAGAAGGAAGCGGGGGGGCGCGGUGCAAGCUGCAAGGUCGUAGUCGGCGGUAGAAUUACAUGUUCUUGCUUUGAAACAAAAACGGGAAUAAUUGCAACAUGGAUAAUUCGGGCAAAGAGAAAGAAGCCAUGCAGCUGAUGGCUGAUGCCGAGAAGAAGGUGAAAUCGUCGCAUUCGUUCCUGGGAGGCUUGUUUGGAGGAAACUCAAGAGUAGAAGAAGCAUGUGAAAUGUUUGCAAGAGCUGCAAACAUGUUCAAGAUGGCUAAAAACUGGAGUGCUGCGGGGAAUGCAUUUUGCCAGUCAGCCAAGCUCCACCUGCAGCUACAAAGCAAACACGAUGCUGCCACCAGUUUUGUGGAUGCAGGGAAUGCGUACAAGAAAGCAGAUCCGCAAGAGGCUAUCAACUGCUUAAAUGCUGCCAUUGAUAUAUACACAGAUAUGGGGAGAUUUACAAUUGCAGCAAAGCACCACAUUACAAUUGCAGAAAUUUAUGAAUCUGAGCUGGUAGACAUUGAAAAGGCUGUUGCUCAUUAUGAACAAGCUGCAGAUUAUUACAAAGGAGAAGAAUCAAACAGUUCAGCUAACAAGUGUCUGUUGAAAGUGGCUGCAUAUGCAGCACAACUGGAGCAGUAUCAGAAGGCAAUAGAAAUUUAUGAGCAGGUUGGGACCAACACUAUGGACAAUCCAUUGCUGAAAUAUAGUGCAAAGGAAUACUUCUUCAAAGCUGCAUUGUGCCAUUUUAUUGUUGAUGAGCUGAAUGCCAAGCUGGCUUUAGAGAAAUAUGAAGAAAUGUUCCCAGCAUUUUCAGACUCACGGGAAUGCAAACUUUUAAAGAAAUUGCUUGAAGCUCAUGAGGAACAGAAUGGUGACGCUUACACUGAAGCAGUGAAGGAAUUUGAUUCCAUAUCAAGACUUGACCAGUGGCUUACAACCAUGUUGCUGCGUAUCAAAAAAUCCAUCCAUGGAGAAGGAGAUCUGAAAUGAAAGAUCAGCAUAUGUUAAGGCAUUUUGCCAAAUUUGUGACCUGCUUUUAUGUGUACUGGGUUGUGACAAACUUGGUUAUACCUGUUUCAAUGUUAAUAAUUGGGUUUUGUUUUCUUUGUGUAAUCUGCCAGUUAUUGUGAGUUUAAGAUAUAUUGUUGUGCCCAUCUACUGAUUAAUGCCCAACGUGGGAACUGGUCCUGGCCAUAAACAUCACAGCACUACAAAGGGCAUGGUAAAACUCUUAACAUUUUGCUUGAAAAAUGUUCUGAAUGUUGGUGAAGUUAAAAUUCUUCUUGUGUUAACGCAAGUCCAUUGGGUAGUAGUUCAAUACUGCAGCAAAGGAUUGUGAAGAAACAAGUGCAAGAACAAAAGGGUCUGAAUUCUGUUUCUGAAAUUCAUGUACUCGGAUUAAUCCAGUAGUUGGUGAAAGUUCAACAAAUGACACACCUCUAAUUUUUAAAAUGAUUUUUAAUAGUAUGGUAUUCAGAAAGAAAAAUUUAAUUGCUGCUUCUGUAUGUUACUGAGGAGUUAUUGUAGGUGUUGAUGUGAAUACCAUUUAGUUUUAUUGUUGUCCUUUGUCGUUGACAAUAAAGGUCUAACAGAAAAGGGCAAUGUGAUUUGUUUCACUUUAUACUGAAAGCAUUUUGUUAGUCAUUCCAUUUAGAGUUGUGAACUGGAUGAUGACUCUCUGACAUUUAGAUGGGUUAAUGGUUUUUAAACUAUUUAAACAUUUUUAAGAUUUAUUGCUGAUCAAGGAUGUUUUUUAAAAAGCAUUUUCUUUUCUUUUUACUUAUUUUGUUCUGUUUUGCAAAUGUUUCUUGUUACCCAGAUGGUUCAUGGGCACAAUGGAAAAAGUUUGUUUUGCACUCAUGUAAUAUAGUGCAGCCACUGGCUAUUUUUGUUUACACUGCAUAAUUGAUAAGGUGGAACCUUUUCCAAUUUACUGUGUCUGAAAGGGUUGCAACUACAUGGAUGUGCUAAGUAUUUUAUAUGAAAGUUUGUUUUUGUAAAUCUAGAAUUCAGUAUUUUGUGAAAGGCUAAUGCUGAUUUUCCAUGUCUUUGUCUUCUGUGCAUGUGUGUUCAUCAAAAUUUAUAACAGUUUAACUGUAUAUCUUGGUCCAGGCAGGCUUUCGACUGCAAGCUCUUAUUAUUGGGGACACAUUUGUCCCCAAUAAACAAAUGAUUCAGUUGGCUCUGCUAGUACUUAAGACUUGGAAGAGUUAUGGUGGUCUAGUGUAUGUAAUUGAGAAGGAUUAUGGCAUUGAUCAGAUAUUGCCUUGCUCAGCUUAAAAUAAGUAGUAUUAGCAGUUACAUGACUCUGGAUGAGUGGACAAGUAGAGUUAAUGAGCUGAAUGGGGAAGUACGGUAGGACCAGGGAGCAGAAGGUGGUGCAAGUUCAUUUAGGUCUCUGGCUCCAGAUUAUAUACUUCACAAAAUAAAUACAUUCCAUCCCAUGCACAAUCUUUAAAAGCCAGAUGCUUUAUAUAUUGGGUCUAUGUGUUGGGUCUUAUUGUGUAUCAUAUAGUAUCCUAAAGUAUAAAUACGGGUCGGAGAGUUUCAUUAGCAUUCUAAAGCUCAGUAUUACAAUGGACUAGCCGUUUUGUUUUAAAUGGAUGUAGUAUACUCAUUUUAACUAAGCAAAAGAUUGCAUUUUAUGUGACAAAGGAUGUUUUCUUCUCCAUUAUUGUGAAGCUGUAUCAGUGGGUUUGGGUCCUUAACAAAGCUUUUUAAUCUAUAGACCUGCUAUGGGCUUCAAGUGAAAGUGUCAACUCGAGAUACACCCUGCAUGAGUAGAUUUUUUUUUACUUGGCAAGUGUAAAACUGCUAUAUUCUGACAAAUGAACACAAAGCUGUUGUUGUUUAACUUUGGUUAUGAAAAUUUCUGUAUUUUCUAUACUUUCAGAAUGAAAAUUGCAGCCAAGCCCAUGUAUUAAUGCUAGCUGGGACUGAUUUGUUCUCUGUACUACUUGUGCUUAUUUAAAUCUAUUCAGCUGUUACAUUUGGUGAUCUGUUUUAUGUUCUGUCCUGAUAAUGUUUUGAAAACUGAUUUUUUUAAAUGAAAUCCUCAGCUGUUUAACCUAAGAUUUUAAAAAAUGAAUGUUAUUUUUGACUAUUGCAUAGAGUAAUAGAAUUUAGUAUAAUAUAUGGGAUUUUGUUGUGAACGCAGAAGUUAGUGUAAGCUACGGGUGCUGCUUUUUGUAAAUCUAUUGAUUGUCUGAAAUCUGGAAUUGCCACUUGAAACAUUGUAAAACUGUAGUUUACCAAGUGGGGAAAUGCUCACUUAAAGUAGUUCUUCAGAGAUUUAUGAAAUGAUGUCAUAUACCCAUUAUUAAAAACCAUUAAUGAUAAAUUUGAUUCUUAACUACUAUUACAGAUUUUCUGUAAUGUCCAAUUAUUUAUUCCAGAACUUCAAUAUUAAUAUGAUGGUAAUGAAGAAAAAUACUUUGCUUUGGGAAUCUAAUGGAGAAAAAAUGUACUCUUUUUCUAGUUUCACAAAUGCUGAUGUUGCAUAAUGCAGUGAGUUGUAACCUGGCAUAUUGCAAAUAAACACACGGGCAAACUAGUGAGGAUGAAGUACUUUUAACUAUCUUCCCUUGCAUUCCUGAAAUAUGCCUUUGCAGUUACAUUGAUAAAUGGCUACAACCUGUUUUACUGGAGGUUUUGGCAAGUGGCUUUCAAAUUAAUAAAGUUCCAGCACUUGCUUUGAAGAGGUGGUCUCCAAACUUGAUUAGAAUAUUUGUUGUUGGGUAUUGACUUGGAGAACAGUGACCCGCAGUUGGUAACAUUCUCUCUUUCAUCCCCAUCCAAUCCCAAACUAAAUGUAUUUGCAUAUUUCUGGAAAUGCAGUUUGGUCCGAUUAUAUAAAUCCCCACGUAUGGAGAUGCCUUGCAAAUAUAUUGAUCACUGAGCUUUCCUUUCCCUUCCAAGAUUUGGUGCCAUGGUCGGCAGAUCCUUGGAGAGAACUUGGUGCAAACAUAUCUGAAAGCCUUUUCAUUUCAGCUCCUGGAAAAAUCUAAAUCUGUCCUUCAUAGAAUAGUUUAAUUGUUAAAAUAUGACUUGUUGAAAAAUUGUGACAACUGUGGGACAUGCAACUUUAAUUAUGCCAUAGAGAUGCACAAACUUUAGGGUAGGAAUGAAAUUCCUUCUGAGUGGAAGUAGAAAAGAAAUUAUAAUGGAAAGAAACAUACUGGGACUGGCUCUAGUACAAAAAGGUCAUUUAACAUACUCCAAUCUUCUUCUACCGCCCCUGUUUUAAAUUGUACUUUAUUUUGUUGUCAGGUGACCAGGGACUAUUUUGUCAAUUGACUAAGUAUUUUAUCCAGCAUCUUAUUAUCUGUUAUGGUGUUAAGCUUUUGCCACUAAGUUGUGUGGAUUGUAUGCCUGUUCCAAUGUGUUGUUUGUGUUCUGAAGUGUUGUCCCAGUGUAACUAUUCACAUUCAGCAUGUUAUGAGGUCAUAUAAGCAAUGUUACAAAUCUACAUAUUAUAAAUCGUUUUAAGAUCUUAUGCAUCAGGACAAUCUAUGUGAUGUUUUGUCUCAUUUACAAAACUGGUGCUUCUGGGGUGAAGCGGCAACUGAUUUGUUCCUGAGAUGAGCUAAAUUUCUCAAUGAAAAUAAAAUACUCAAGUAUUA